GCCGCCGAUCCGCCCCAGCACCAUCUCUCGCCUGCUCGAUGGCCGCCGCCCUGCGAUCCGUGGCCAGGCGCCUGGUUGCGCCAAUAUCUUUUCCAUGGCCGACACUUGGGCGACACGAGAGUCCGAGACGCUGUGGGAUGAAGAUGCACAGAGGGCUAUUCAAUUGCAGAAGGAGCUCUCGAGGCUGACGGAUGACCUGGCCGAGCACGAUUCAUUCGCACAAAAGUUUGUGGAGUGUCUUGAACUGAAAGAACUGGCCCUUCAGGAGUCGGACUGGACGCUGAUGGAUGAGGUUCUUGCUGAUUUAGCGAAUCUACACACCUCGAUGGAAUCGUACUCUCUCCGUCUUUUGAUGGCCGAUCCAGCAGACAAAAAUGGCUGCUUUGUUGAGCUUCGUGCCGGCUCUGGCGGGACAGAGUCCUGCGACUGGGUAGCAAUGAUAACAAGAAUGUACACCCGAUGGGCGCAAUCGGCCGGAUACACUGCCAAGGUCGUCGACGAAAUGAAGGGCGACAUUGCCGGAUUCAAAAAUACCACCAUCAGCAUCGCAGGCGAAAACGCCUAUGGUUGGUGCAAGUACGAGGGUGGCGUGCACAGAUUUGUGCGGAUCUCUCCGUUUGGCGAUGGCAACAAGCGACACACUUCGUUUAUUUCCGUCCAGGUUUUCCCUGCCCAUCAGUCCGCCGAGGACGGAAGCACCGGCUCUAUCGAUAUCCCGCCGGGGGAUAUCAAGAUCGAAACGAUGAGGUCGCAGGGCGCCGGUGGUCAGCAUGUCAACACGACAGACAGCGCCGUGAGACUGACCCACAUUCCCACCGGGAUCAUCAUCAACUGCCAAAACGAGCGAUCCCAGCAUCAGAACCGUGCAAUGGCCAUCGAGAUGCUCAAGGCCAAGCUCUACCAGCGGAAACUUGCUGAAGAAGCGAGUGCCCGCGCCGAGCUGCGAGAUGCCCUGCCUGAAAACGGAUGGGGCUCGCAGAUCCGCACAUAUGUCCUCCAGCCCUAUCAAAUGGUCAAGGAUCUCCGAAGUGGCUACGAACAAUCUAAUGUCCAAGGCGUGCUCGAUGGAGACAUUGAUGGAUUCCUGCGGGCCUCAUUGAUUCAUUUCAAGCGGAAAAGAUAGCACCAAACAUGGUGCAGUCAGCGCAGAAAGAGAAGGGGCACCGCUGACGGCGACUCCCCCGGCAGCAGCCACGACUCGCAUCGUCCGGACCUGCUGGCCGCGCGGAGGCGGCUGUUCAAUUGAGUCCCGUCCUUGCCGCAAUCGGACUCUUGACACUGACAUGUGGCUCGAAUACACCGUGCACGGUCGAUUUCGUCUGGC